CUUUGUUACUUCCUACGUCUUCGCUUGGCUCCCGCUGCAUACUCGCUUACCGUGUGGUUUGAUUUGCACGCCUCCGUGUUCUGAAAACUUGAAACGCGGGCUGACACACCGAGCAAAGAUGGACAUCCUGACUGUACUGCCGUCCAGCUUUGGAUAUGCCAUAUUUACCUACCUCUAUAGCUGGAUCAUGCUGGGGUAUUUAGCAGUCAAGGUUGGGGCUGCCAGGAAGAAAUACGAUGUGAAGUACCCCACUAUGUACAGUGACAAGGAGCAGGUGUUCAACUGUAUCCAGAGGGCACAUCAGAACACUCUAGAAGUGUACCCUCAGUGGCUUGUUUUCCAGACCAUUGGAGCCCUUGUCUACCCGUUAUCAGCAUCUGUGCUGGGGGCAAUCUGGGUGACCAGCAGGUUUUCUUAUGCCUGGGGCUACUAUACAGGAGAUCCAGCCAAGAGGAUGAAUGGAGCCUAUGGCUACAUUGGAUACUUUGGCGUCAUCAUUCUGUCCAUAUCUGUAGCCUUGCAAUUGCUUGGAGUCUUUUAAGACAAUUGUCAUCUUGUUUACUCAUUAGCCUGGCUUUGCAUGGCAUUUUUGAAAUUUGUAAACUAUAAAGUAGCUGUACAAUUCUUUAUAUACUAAUUUCAAAUCAUGAUGAUCAACAUAUUUUUAGGGACCACUAACUUUAUAUCUUUCAAUUACAGUUUUUGUUGUGAAUGUCUUCUCAAUGUGAUCACUGAAAAUAAAGUAGAUGCUGACUGAGCCCCA